ACUCUAGUUACCCCGGAUGGACUAAUUAUCCAUCUGUUCGGACCAUUCCCAGGCCGCAACCACGUCAUUAAGAUGUUUGCCAAAUCCGGCCUGGCUGACCAAGUUCGCAGCGAUUCUCGUUUCGUUGACUACCGAAUUUUUGGUGAUUGUGCUUAUGGCCGAGACGAUGUGAUGCUGAGCCCGUUCGAAGGCGCAAAAGGAUAUUAA